CAGUGUGAAAUAAUGACUACGCCCUGCAGGUUCAUCUUAAAGCGCUUGAUCACAACAGCAGAUCUUCACUGGGUUCACAGGCUUCACAAGUGUUUCAGCUCACACACAUUCUCUAAACUCCUAUGAGCUUCUUCCUGCUCACAUUUAAAACCAAAAUCAGCCACAAAAACGGAGUUGCUCGUCUCUAGAUCUGAAGCACAAUGACAUCUCAAGUCUCGAAGACUGUCCUGCGACUGGAGGCUGAAGACGUCCAGGCACUGAAAGAUGGAAUUAAUUUUAAGAAAAACCCGGAGGAUGGCAAAUGUUACAUCAUUUACAAAGACAAAGACAAAAUACGAGCGUGUGUGAACCAGUGCAAACACCAGGGAGGACUUUUCAUUAAAGACAUUGAGGACUUGGACGGCAGUACAGUGCGCUGCACCAAACACUACUGGAAACUUAACGUGGCCACUAUGGAGUACGUCAACCCUCCAGACAGCUUCAUGCAAGACGAACUCGAGGCAGUGCUGUCAGAUACUGACGGUAGUUUAGAGCUGGUGGAGUUGAAUCCUCCAGAUCCCUGGACCGCAGAGCCCAGAGAAGCACAAGAGCUACAUGACGGAGAAAUUACGUUGACAUACCUCACGCACGCAUGUAUGGAGCUGAAAGCAGGGAACAAGCGGAUGAUGUUUGACCCGUGGCUCACGGGACCAGCGUUUGCGAGGGGCUGGUGGCUCCUUCACGAACCUCCGUCUGACGCCAUGGACAGACUCAGUCAGGCCGAUCUCAUUUACAUCAGCCAUAUGCAUUCAGAUCACCUGAGCUACCCAACGUUGAAACAUCUUUCAAAGAGGUGUCCAGAUAUUCCCAUUUAUGUUGGAGACACUUCACGGCCGGUGUUUUGGUAUCUUGAGAAAAGUGGAGUGAAUUUAACAAACAUUAACGUGGUGCCGUUCGGCGUGUGGCAGAAUGUUGAUGAGCAUCUGCGAUUUAUGAUUCUGAUGGAUGGAGUUCAUCCUGAAAUGGACACCUGCUUGAUCGUGGAGUAUAAAGGUCACAUGAUCCUGAAUACGGUGGACUGCACCAGACCAAACAAUGGACGUCUUCCUCACGGCGUUGAUUUGAUGAUGAGCGACUUCGCCGGCGGCGCCUCCGGCUUCCCCAUGACCUUUCACGGCGGCAAAUACACCGAAAGCUGGAAGGCAGAUUUCAUCAAGACUGAGAGGAAGAAGCUGCUACACUAUAAGACGCAGCUGGUGAAAUCACUCCAGCCCAAGAUCUACUGCCCGUUUGCUGGAUAUUUUACCGAAGCUCAUCCCUCUGACAGGUACAUAAAGGAGACAAACAUCAAGAACAGCGCAGCAGAUCUGAACAAAUCGAUAAGGAGGAGCUGUCCCAACAUCCUAACCUGGACUCCUCUACCCGGUUCAGUCCUGGAUUUGGGCUUGGCGCUAAAAACCCAUCCAAUAGGUAUGUUCACAUGGCUUUACAUUAGCAUUAGUAUGUAGCAUUUAAAAGGUUUAAAAGGUUCUCAAC